AACGGGCUGCAGCGGCGAUGAGGCACUUGCCCCGGCUUAUUGCCAGCAACUCAGUGAUUGAACGGCAACAAUAGCCCCUCUAAUUGCACAAUUUUUUGUGAAUUAAACGGCGGCGACACAAAGACACCAACAGCAGCAAUGUCGUAUUUGCUGAGGCGCACCAAAAAGUCCUGUCUGAAGUUUCUUCGCAAAAUCUCAACUUCGAAGCAACUUUUUGUGCAGCACCUGGACGAAGAGGACGAGGAUGAGGAGGAGAUGGACACGGAGAUCCCAGACCCGGAACUGGACGUCAACAGCAACUGUCACAUGACGGAGGCCAUCUACGAAGAGCUCCAGUUAAACGAGUGCCUCAAAAACGUGGAUUUGGAGGUGGCCAGUGAGGCUGAGGAGUCCAAGUUGGAUCUGAGGAGCAAGUUCAUGUCGAACCAGGGAAACUACGAAGUCCUAGAAACCGGCGUGGAGUUCGAAAAAGUGCCCUACAAGGCCAAUGUUCGGUAUCUUCGGCACACUCCCUCCAACUCCAGUUUGGAUUUGCGGCUAGAGGAACAACAAUUGCAGCAACCACUGCAACAGCAACAUGUGUUGCAGUUCAAGCACCAACAAUCUGAGCAGCAACAGUUGCAACCAGUGCAGCGAGUCCCAGCCAUGUCGCGUUUCCAGCCCUGCAGCUUCAGUCUGGGAUCCAAGCUGGAGGGUAACUACCACAGUCUGGUGAUCGUGGAGCCGCCCCACGACGACCUGCCCAUCGUCAAGUGGGACAUCAACGGCAACUCCCUGGACGAGGAUGUGUGCGAUCGAUGGGAGGACUUCGAGACCCGCUGGAAGCAGGCGGCAGCAGUCACCCGAUCCCUGUCCCAGUCCCAGAAGUCCAGCCAUCAGUCCAGCUCGUGCACCCUGGAAACCUGGGUCGAUGACGCCGAGCCCCUCAGCUUGGAGCUGCACAGGCACGAGUCCCUGGCGGGGGCCAACAACUGUAAUGUUUGCCUUAGGAGCUUCUGAAGCUAUCCCCUUGAAAAAGGAACUCAGUGACUCCAUAACCUCCACUUUUUUGCGUCCAGCUAGUGAGCUAGUGAGAACAACCAGCAUAUAUACAAAAAUAUGUAGAGUUUCGAGAGUAUUCGAGUAUAUUUGAAACGGUAGACCGCAAUUUUCAUUAUAGAAAGUUGUUUUUCGAAAAAUGUCCAUUAAAAAUAAAAUAAAUGUAUGGUGUGUUGUGUGUGUGUGCGGCGCUCCUUUGGCUCCAUACCUUGAAUGCACUUCAAAAA